GUUUUUCUCCAUAAAACACAGGCAAAAUUUUGAAUGACGAUAUACCUCUAAAAGAAUACAAGAUAGAUGAGAAGAACUUUGUCGUGGUGAUGGUUACAAAGCCCAAAUCUGCAGCACCGCCACAAGCUCCUGCUCCCGCACCGGCAGCCGCCGCUACGGUUAGCGCGACUGUCGCCGAAACCGCUACACAUCCACCCUCACCUCCUGCUGCACCUCCUGCUGCCUCCACAAUGCCUGUACCGACCCCUCCUCCCGCUCCCGUAGAAUCAGCAGCGUCAGCGGAGCUGCCCGUGACGCCCGUCACAGCGCCCCCUGCUGCCUCGGAGACUGCUGCAGAAAAGCCUGAGCCUGUUAGCGCCACUCCCACUCUGAUUUCAGAAGAGGAGAACCAAGCAGCCCAAGAGGAGCAGGCUGUCGCCCAAUCAGAGGCCAGGUACAGCCACGCCCACAAAAACAAACUUUUUAAUUGUGCGGAGUCGGGAGCAGCGCAGGCCUCGGCAAACCCGCUGGAGUUCCUGAGGAGCCAGCCACAGUUCCAGCAGAUGCGUCAGAUCAUCCAGCAGAACCCGGCGCUCCUGCCGGCGCUCCUGCAGCAGCUGGGCCGCGACAACCCGCAGCUCCUGCAGCAAAUCACGCAGCAUCAGGAGCGGUUUGUGCAGAUGUUGAACGAGCCACACGAAGGCGAAGGCGAGGCUGGAGCCGCUGAAGCUCCCAGCGCACCACAGACCAACUACAUCCAGGUCACGCCGCAGGAGAAGGAGGCCAUCGAGAGGUUAAAAGCUCUGGGGUUUCCAGAGGGACUCGUCAUCCAAGCCUACUUCGCCUGCGAGAAAAACGAGAACCUCGCCGCGAACUUCCUGCUCCAGCAGAACUUUGAUGAUGAGUGAACGUUAACCGUUUAGACGCGACGACACUCGGAGGACGGCGACGGAGACAAUGCAAGCGCUUGGCCACAUGUUGCGCGUGUGUUUGUGAAUGUGUGCGUUAAAGCGAAUAGGACGUCGACUGGUCUUCCAUGAUUAUUUUCAUGGAGUUUAAACUGAAGCCAUGAUGUGACGUUCUAUCAGCACAGCUUAUGUUUUUUUUUCGAUUUAUAUAUAGCCGAUCCUCCUCGACGAGGUGUCUGUUGUCUGUCUGGUUUCUGCUGCUAUCUCUGCUGUGUGCGUCGAGUGAAGUUUUAUUUAUCACAGUUAAAAACCUGCCAAAAAAGGUCAUUGUUAAUUUCUCGCCAUUGUUUUUCAGUAUUAAUAAUGAGACGUUUCAGUCAAGAUGGAUGCCAAAUUGAAUUUGUCGCCAAUGAAAACAAGCCUUUGAUGGAUAGACGUACGUAUUUUCAACAAGUUGUACCAUUUUUGUUGCUGGAAGAUUUUUGGAUAUUUUGGAGUCACAGUUGCGUCAAAUUAAAUAUGGCGUCUACUUCCACCAUGUUACAUAAUUUUUAGUGUUUACUUUUCUUUCAAUGCGAUCCUCUACUGUGUAAAAUACAAAGUUUAUGCAGUGGACGUCACCAAACUACUACUUUUGAACUCAUCUGUUCCCCUACGUUAAACCAUUAAUAUUAUAAAUAAACCAAAUGUUUUGCACUGCAUGGGUAUUUUGGUAUCUUUAAACCCAUGUUCAAAAUAAGAACUGUCGAGAACAUCUACAAUUAUGAGUUCUUGGUACAAAACAGCAUUGAUCGUUGAGAUGUCACGAUCUAGUUGGCUGCCUAACUAGAUUUUAUUUCCAAGUUUAUUUCUGUUAUGAAGUACGGUAAUUUCACCCAAAAUUAAAAUUCUGUCAUCAUUUACUCUCCCUCCACGUC